CAGGUCUAAUUUUUCUCUUUGCAGCCCAACUCGUAUGCAUCGGAACCGCACUCACGCAAUCAUCAACUUGUAAAAAGAUCAGGAAUAGGCAACUUCUGGACCUCUUCCGACGCACACGCGGGUGCAGAGGAAGUUGCAUCAUACUUCGAGUGUCAUCUAAUCCAUAUGAGAGACUGAUAAAGCUGGCUUCACAUGCCUUUGAAAUCGCAUCCCUUGCAACCAUGGAUCUUGUCUUCGUCACUACUGGUUUCGCAGCUCUAGUGAUUGUCUAUGCGGUGUACCGUCGAUACUCUCAUAUUUCUUUGGCAGAUGUUCCUGGCCCAGAGUCCGCAUCCUUUAUUAUGGGAAAUCUGAAAGAGCUCUACCAAGGUCAGGCAGCAGAGGCUGACUUCAAGUGGCAAGCUCAGUAUGGGAACAUCGUUCGCUUCAAGGGCUGUUUUGGCGAAGACCAAUUGAUGAUUUCCGACCCGGCCGCGCUGCAAUAUAUAUUCGUAAAGUCAAGCUAUCGGUUUCCCAAACCACAUGAUCGCCGUGUCCUCUCCCAGUUGAUGAAUGGAAAGGGAAUUCUCUGGGCGGAUGGUGAUGAUCACAAACGACACCGAAAAGUAAUGCUCCCUGGAUUUGGUGGACCAGAGUCCAAAGCUUUCUUGUUAUUAUUCAAGAGCUGCGCAGAGUCUAUGAGCAACAAAUGGAUGGACAUCAUCAGUAAUUCCAAGGAGCAGUCAGUAGUGUUCGAUAUUCCUGCCUGGAUGUCCCGCGCAACCUUGGAUGCUAUCGGGGAAGCUGCUUUCGAUUUCCGCUUCAACUCCAUGGACAAUAAUGAAAACGCUCUUGCGCGCUCAUACAGGAAUAUAAUGUCUGACGUAUUCGGAUCUCCGUCGGACCGGCAGAUACUCUUUCAGGGGAUUUCAAAGUAUAUCCCACCUCGGAUUCUCGAAUAUGUCAGGGAGAUGGGCAAAAGCCCACGUAUCUUGCGCAUGCGUGAGACAGGCAGCAUAGCAACAUCUGUUGCAAAGCAAUUGGUGAAAGACAAGGCAGAGAUGUUAUUGCAGGGCGAGGGCAGCAGAGAUGUCUUAAGCUUGCUUGUCAAAGCCAAUAUGGAUGCAGACGCAAAGGUGAAGUUAACGGAAGACGAGCUGUUUGCUCAGAUGCGUACUAUCCUUCUAGCAGGUCAUGAGACAACCUCGAACACUGUCAGUUGGGCGCUUCUCGAGCUUGCCAAGCAUCCUGAGAUCCAAUCCCGCCUCCGGGCAGAGAUUUGGAAAACAGAAGCCACUGUACACGUACGCGGGGACGUCAACUUCACAAUUGCUGAUUUCGACGCUAUGCCGUACACUACCGCUGUGAUGAAAGAAGUUCUGAGAUUUUGUUGCGUCAUAUAUCAUGCACACCGAUUCGCUAGCCAAGAUGACGUACUUCCGUUGUCCAAGCCAAUCACCACGCGAUCCGGGGACGUCAUCCGUGAGCUGCCGGUUCCGAAGGGUACCCGAAUUGUUGCAUCAAUUGCAGCGUACAAUCGAAACAAGGAGCUCUGGGGCGAGGAUGCACACGUGUUUAAUCCGGAUAGAUGGCUUAAUGGCACAGCGAAGGAGAAAAAGGCCACGUCAAUAGGAGUGUACUCCAAUCUAAUGACAUUCCUUGGAGGAGUGAGGUCUUGUAUCGGAUGGCGCUUCGCGGUGAUCGAAUUUCAAGCAUUUCUUACGGAGAUAGUUGGAAAGUUUGAGUUCGCGCUUACUGAACAAUCCGAACGGGUUCGGCGAGAGGCUUGCUUGGUGAUGGCUCCAACAGUAGAAGGCGAUGUUGAGAGCGGGAGUCAACUGCCGUUGAGGGUUUCAUUGGCACCACGCAUCGACAAGGGGUACUAAGCGUCAUAUGCGCCGAGAUGCCAGUGGCUGUUUCCUAAUGUGCCUGCAAGUAGUUUUCUUGGAUGGUUAUCUUCGCGGCAACUACUCGGUAUAAGUAGGUAAUCAUGUAGAUGAUCCGAUUGGAGACUGUCACGCGCUAAGCUGCGCCUAGAACUUGGCUCCUGAAGGGCCUCAAGUUACAGGAACUGAAUGUGAAUAUUUUUAUCUACAUAUAGCAUAGCUUGGGUGGAAUUCCAGAGUGGUCUGUCGGACAUUGAUGUGGGGCUUGCUGAGGCCGCUGAGCUGCGGACCUUAACAUACCUUAUCUGAUAAGUCUGCAACCCUUGAUGCAUUGAUGACCCAGCAAUGAGGACAGUUACAUACCUU